AUGACGGUGUAUUCACCAAACGUCAGUUGUGACGGAUCAUACGCAAGCAUAAAAAAUACAUGUUAGAGCUGAAAGCUUCAAUUCAGUCAUUAACUCUCGCAAUGUAGCCGUUUGAGGAUUGUAUUUUUGGUCAGAUUCUAGAUGGCUUGAAAUCACAAGCGGUGCUUCAUCUCACCAUGAUGGUGAGCACCACGAUGAUGCUGAUAAUGGGUAGCAUGAUGAACCCAAUGUUCACAUUCACCAUGACGUUGUUGGUGUUGAAGGAGAGAAUUUAACUCAUGUCAAUGACGCUAUUGAUGAUGAUGUGGUAGGGGAUGUGACCCUUCAAUCAGUUGAUGCUGAAGGAGACCAUGUUUCUUAGGUUGAUGCAGUUGUCGAUGCAUCUGCGAGAAGGGAAGGGGACCUUCACUUAAUUAAGGUUGAAAGUGACCAUGUUCCUCAAGUCGAUGCAAUAGUCGAGAUAGCUAUGUGAUGGGAUGGGAACCUUGCAUCAGUUCAUGUUGAGGGGGACCAUGUUCCUUAUAGCACUCCUGAAGGCAGCAUGUCACGGUUGUCAUCACCAGAGUUGUCUGAUGUCUAUCAUCGUGAAACACUCAUUUCAAACCCAACUAAAUAGGCACAUGUCAAAAUGGCUAGCAAAUACAUAGCAAACUCGUACGUCUACCCAUCAAUGAGUCGUCGAGAUCUGAAAAACUCAAUGGUGGAAGUGUACGAAGCUUUCAAGAAAGACGAGUGUGCGAGCGUCAAGAUCUUAGGGGAUCAAGGGGUUGAAUUUUUCACAACAUUAAAGGAUCUCAAAGAGGGAAUGACAAGUGAACAAAUUGACGCAUCCCUCAGCAUACUAUGUAAGCGAAUGAUAGGAUCAAAGUCUAAGUUGUACAACACUCGUGCAUGCGUGGUUGAUACGAUAUUCUUCACACCAUUCGUACACUAUACACAGCAUAUCCAAUUGAAGAUGGACGGUAUACUAUGGAAAUUUCAGAUGGGUUGCGAGGUUAUGUGGAGGGUGAUAAGCCGACAUACGGGAAAAAAUGGAAGAUGUCGAUUUCUUUCUCAUACUUUGCAAUGUGGGUGGGCACUAGGUGGUUGCGAAGAUCAACUUGGUCAAGUGGACAAUUAAGGUGGUGGACUCCGCAAGAACUUUGGCUGCUAAGGAUAACGGAGUGCGUACGGCUCAGAUGACAUCUCUUACGAGGAUGAUGCCCAUCAUCUGCCACCAAUUUGGUUAUUUCAACAAAACGCGUCGCAAGACACUAGAUUCCACGCCGAUGCCAUUGGAAAUUCAUUUACCAAAAGCAUUGGUGCAUUGUCAGAAUGAUAGCGUCAACUGUAAUAUGUUCACCAUAAGGUACAUUGAUGAUAUUUUGCAAUAGGAACUGAUUAGAGUUAAGCAGAAUAUUAUUGCUAAUAUGUGUCACCAAUACGCUCUAGAAAUUUUUAGCAACAGUUGUGAGAGCGAAUCCUAAACCCUAGCGCCAUGAACAUAU